AUGAUCCACGUGAGUUUAAUGGAGUCACUCUCCACUCAGAAAACUGCCAUAUGGGUGAGCCAGCAGCAGUCUGACUAUAUUGAACUUCACCAGCACACCAGUGGGCCCCCCAGAAAACUCUCAACAACAGCAGCAGCAGCACUUGAAUUCAACAGUUCAUCUAACACAACACCAUCACCGCCUCUGCCCAGACAGCCGAUCAAAAUAUCGAGUGGCGUGAAGGUUCUACGAAAACCUCGAGCUCUGCCGCCACUAAAUCCCAACUCGUUCCAGGACAGUACACAUGGUAAUGAAUCACCGUCUCUUAACUCAAUCCUGAGUCAGAACAGCCUCAGUGAUGAAUGGCACACCAUCGCUCGCAGCAAUCAUCAAAACCCUCCCUCCUCCGAUACACCUCCUCCACCUCUGCCAGCAAAAGUUUACGAUAAGAAGCACAAGACAAGUCGACUAGUUGAACGAGGGAUACAGUGUUCUGUUGAAGAGGAAAUUCCGAGAAACAGAAUUGGUCAGUCUAAGGGUCUUUCAACGACCAUCUCUUCCACCGUAACAAAUAAACAGCACAAGGUAUGUCACACCAUCACAAUGCCAACAGCACCUGUACAACAGAUCAUUGUCACACCGUUGAACCACGUUCAAAGGUUUGUCUUCAACGACUUGAGAGUGAAAUUAAUAGAACCAUGCAUUAGCAGCAGCAGCAAUACGGCGGCAUUCAUGCGCAUCAACAACCAACUCGGUAGCAUAACACAAAGAUCAUCAUCUGCCUCAUCGCCCAUCACCGUUUCAUCACCGUCGACAACGACGUUAAUUGAAUUAGAAUCCAUCACAAACACCACUGGCUAUCGUCAGCAUGUUCAACAGAAUUUGGACUCCUUAGCGGGUCCGACUCAGCUGGCCUCGACGACAACGGCGACGACAACUCAAUCAAGAGUUUGCUCCAACGAGUACGUCUCCGAUCCCGUUACUCCUUGUAAAAAGUCCUUCAACAGACGAUACGUUGCCUUAAAAAAACGACUUGACACAAAUAAUUUGACGGUUGGGCUUCAAAAGUUGCCCAGCUGUCGUGGGUUCAAUGUGAAGAAGAGAGGCAGUAAGUUGUCACCAUCGUUGUCGUCGGGUUUCAUCUGCAACAAAUGUAACAAAUGUCGUUGCAAGCAAUGUCGUCCGGGUAGCAAGGAGAACAACAACCACAGCAGCAGCAGCAACAACAAGAAGAGUGGCAAUCUUUACAACAACUCCCUUGACAACAGCAGCAAUAACAACAUCAACAACAACACAAUUAAUAUUAAUGAUGACAACAACAACACUAAUACCAACUCCAACAUCGUUAAUAGCAGUAGAACGACCAACGAUUAUUUUAACAACAACACAAAAUUAAAAAUUGAAAACGUUGUUGACGAUAAAAAGGACAACAACAACAAUGACAACAACAUCAUCGACAUCGCUGACAUGAAUAUAGAAAAGCAACAACGACACGACACACAACAAACUGUUGCCAAGGAAGUUGAAGUUCUGUUGGAUAAUGGCAAAGUUUAUACGUCGCAAUGUGUACAAGACCUCAGUGAUAUCGACGACGACUACAGCGUAGAUGACUGCGUUAACAGGAAAAAACUGAACGACAGAUCUUCUUCAACAUGUUGCUGUUGCGGCGGCAACAUGCUAACCGCAUUAUUGAGUUGUUUCUCAACGUUCUGCUGCUGUCGUUUCAGGUGUUGCAAAAAACUCUCAACGAAAAGGCAACAACAGCGUCAUAACUGCUGCAACAGUUGCUUCAGUUGCCUGCGACGGACAGAUGGUUGUCAGUGUGAUGAUGAUGAUGAUGAUGAUGGUAGUGGUGGUGGUGGUGGUGGAAGGGUUAGUGAUGGUGGUGGUGAUUUUGACGUCAGGAAUGAGGGUGACGAUGGCCAGGAUGUUGUUGAGGAUGAUGACGAUGAUGUUUUCCAUAGUUUAACUAGCUAA